CGAAUAUCUUAAAUUUCCCUAUAAAAACCCGAGUAGUCCCCCGUAUCUUUGCAGUGUUCAUCAUCUUCGCCCUCCAUCUCAGAUCUUCCUCGGUCUUAGCCUCUCUCAUUCGGUUGUGAUGGCGGCGGCCAUGAGAAAUGCGCUGCUAAAGCACCUCAGAAUGGAAGCCGUUGCUCUUCGAAGCUCAACCCCUAACCCUAGAGGCCCAUUGGCUCGACUGAUUGGACCCAGCCGUCAUUUCUGCGAGCUAGCCAGAGGCUCCUUCCUUGAUAAAUCCGAAGUCACUGACCGUGUCAUCACCGUCGUCAAGAACUUUCAGAAAGUCGAUCCAGCAAAGGUUACCCCAAAUGCACAUUUCCAAAAUGAUCUUGGUUUAGAUAGUUUAGACACCGUGGAAGUUGUUAUGGCCCUUGAAGAAGAGUUCGGGUUUGAAAUACCAGACAACGAGGCAGACAAGAUCAACACAAUCAGUCUUGCAGUGGACUUCAUUGCCUCACACCCACAGGCAAAAUAACGCGGAGAGGAAUUGAUUCCCCUUCAUUUUUUUUAUAUAUAGCAGUUUGCAUAUCAGUUAAUGGCAACGCUCUAAAUGGACCUAAACUCCAAGGAUGAGUUUGAAUUCAGUUUUUUACUUUGUAUUGAUGAAUUCCAUGAGGACGGGGGAUUGUAUUCAGUUUUUUUGAACUUUUAUUAUUGUGAAUUUGGAUGUAUGUGAUAGAACCCAUAAACCAGAGGCUAAGAAUUGAGUGGCUAAACUCUCCCACUUUUUGAAUUGAGUGCCUAAACUCUCCCACUUUUUCUCACAGCACGUAUCUCACAUUCUCACAAAUGAGCGAUAGUAGAAGACUAGAAGCCAAAGGGAGAAUCUCCAAGUUUGAAAUUAAUAUUGAUUCUGCAUACCCCACUAAGGCUAGGGUAUUUAUAAAGAAAGAAAUACAACUGACCCAUAACUGACUCAUUCAUGAUCUAAUAACUAACUGACACAUUAACCGCCUCCAUCCAUGAUCUAAUAACUGCCCUAGACCCUAGUGGACUGAUGCAUGACACCAAAUCCCACUUAUUUCUCUAACAGACUCGAUUAAACAAAUAAACAAUAAUAAAUAAAUAAAUAAAUAAAUAAAUGAGGACUCAGUCAACAAUUGUUCCUCGUUUCUUGCGGCUCUGAUAUUUCAGCACACCCUAUCAUUACCCCCUCCUUUGAAAGUCGACUUGUCCUCAAGGUGAAAUUCUGGAAAUCGUUGUACUAGGAACUCGUAGUCUUCCCAAGUAUGUUGCGGUGCGUUUUAACAAACCAACAAGUGAUAAUGUGUCAUAUUUUCUCUUUUGACACACAAAGCAAUGUUGAAUGAGAGAUCUAACAGUACCUGAGAGUUGUUUCAAAGUUUUAAGCAAUCCUCCCUACAGCCCAAAGUUAUUUCGGGAGCUGUGAUUUUGUUGAGGGCCCGAUAAUCCACACACAUACGCCAUGAUUUAUCUUGUUUCUUCCCCAAUAGAACUGAACUUGCAA